AUGCUGAGCUUGAUCAACUGGCGGCUGAAAGUGACGAUCAACGACGGACGCGCGCUUACGGGCCAGAUGCUCGCGUUCGACCGGCACAUGAAUCUUGUCCUCGCCGAGUGCGAGGAGUUCAGGCGCGUGCGCCCGAAGAAGAAGCCGGGCGAGACGGAGGCGGGCCCGGUGCAGGAGAUGAAGCGUAGCCUGGGCCUUGUCAUCCUCCGCGGCGAGACGGUCGUUAGCUUGAGCGUCGAGGGCCCGCCGCCGGUCACGGAUGAGGACAAAAAGAACGUGUUGCCUGUUGGUCCCGGUCGUGGUGCGCCAGCUGGUCGCGGAAUGGGCAUGAUGCCGCCCAUGGCGCCCCCGAUGAUGGGACGCCCGCCUAUGCCGUUCGGCCCCCCUGGCAUGCCCGGUCCCCCUCCCGGGUUCCAAGGUCCCCCGCCGGGCUUCCAACCGCCCCCAGGAUUCCCUGGCGCGCCUCCUCCCGGGUAA